AUGACAAACGAAACGGAAAAUCGCCAGCAAAGUGAUGAAGUGACUCUCAGCAGCGAAGGAGGAGCACCGGUACGAGAAGAAAAGGUGCAUCAACUCGAUGAAGCCGGCAGCUCAACAGGUGCUGCAACCCACGUGGUCGGCAAACGAAAAGACUACCUUGAAUGGUACGAUUUCUUCAUGAGUGCCGCCUACUGCGCCUCCUUGCGCUCCAAAGACCCUAGUACGCAGGUGGGCGCCUGCAUUGUCAACCGAAAGAACCGUAUCGUCGCCCUCGGCUACAAUGGCAUGCCAAAUGGCUGCUCCGACGACAGCCUCCCCUGGAACCGAACAGCGGACGAUCAACUGAACACCAAGUAUCCAUAUGUGUGCCACGCGGAGAUGAAUGCCAUUCUCAAUAAGACCACCUUUGACCUGGCCGACUGCACCUGCUUUGUUCUUCUGUUUCCCUGCAAUGAAUGCGCCAAACUAAUCAUUCAAGCGGGCAUCACAAAGGUGGUGUACAUCAGCGACAAAUAUCACGACAAGUUUGAGUUUCGAGCUUCGCGAAAGCUUUUUCAAAUGGCCGGUGUUGAACUUGUCCAGUACACACCAAAACAGAAAAAAAUUGUUAUAGACUUUGACAAGAUUCCUUUAUAA